CCAUUUGCCAAAUUCCAAAUAGAGCAGCAAUGGCAGCUGAUGCACAAGCCAUCGCGAUAGGUUUCUUUUCAAUAUUGGCCGUUUUGCUUGGUGUUCCUGGUAACACUGCCGUCAUCGUAUCCAUAUGUAGAACACGCAACCUGCUCAGAAAUAACCACUAUUAUCUCCUUCUUCAUCUGGCAAUUUGCGACCUAGUGCAUCUAAUAUUCUUCAUAGACGAUAUCUAUACCGUUUUCAAUAACACAGGCGUUUCUUCGAAUUCCCGUAUUUUGUGCAAGAUCUGGUCGCCCACAUACACAUCAUGUUUCAUCGCCGGAGUUUAUUUUCUGGUCCUCAUUUCCGUGUCUCGCUACCGCGCGAUUGUGCAGCCAUUCAAGCCUCCUAUUAGCCGGAAACUGUUGAAGAUCUAUUCAGCUUCUGUCUACAUCAUCGCAGUACUUUGUAUCAUCCCAUAUGCACUAGUCCUAAAGUUUGAUGAAAGUCAAGGAGCGAGUAUAUGUUACGAGCAAUGGCCUUUUCAAUCUCUUAACAUCGUCUACACGGUAUUUCUGGCGGUCGUUCAAUAUCUAAUGCCUGUCGCCUUUCUAUCUGUUGUUUACUUUAAAAUAUGUAAGAAGCUCGUCAUACAAUCCAAGAUAGUGAAUGGACAUAAACUUCGACAACAAAGCAACGGCCCACGCAAGAAUCGAAAGACGUUUCUGGUUUGCUGUAUUAUUGUCAUAUGUUUCACAAUCUCCGCAUUUCCAACCCAAGUUGCAUGGAUGAUUUCAGCGAUCACCUCCAGUGAAACUUCUGGCUAUAUUUCAUGGUUCAAACCGUUCAAUGUCUUGAGAGUUUUCGGAGCAUCGGUCAUUAAUCCCUACGUAUACGGAGCGUUCGAUAAUAAAGUGUUUUCGUUCUUUUUUGGUUGCCGAUUGCGAUUGAGCCGAGUAAAAAUGCUGUAAUAUUGUCAUAUGUUUCACAAUCUCCGCAUUUCCAACCCAAGUUGCAUGG